AGAAGAAUCACCAUCAGAAACAUCACCGACAGAGGCACCGCUAACUGACGAAUCGCAAACAGAAACAUCGCCAUCUGGACGGUCUACAACGGAUGCAGCACCAACAGAUGAAUCCCCAAGAGAAACAUCUGCAACGGAAGGAUCGCCAACAGGAGAAUCUCCACCAGAAACAUCAGCAACAGAGGCGCCGGCAACCGUAGAAUCGCCAACAGAAACAUCUCCAGCAGAAGCAUCGCCACCUGAAACCUCUCCAACAGAGGCACCAGUAACAGACGAAACACGAACAGAAACGCUUCCAAUGUCUACUUCUAAUUCGGGAACAUAG